GCAAGGAUAUUCUAUCCCACUUUCUCGAGUUUGUUUUAUUAUCUCACUCUCCUUUUCACUAAAAGAAUUUGAAAAGUGAAAGUUUUAGGGGGGGAAGUUCUGGUGUGUGAGCCUGGGGAGAAGAGAGGGUUUACUGAAGUUGUUAGGAGUACUUAAGCAUGAAGGUUUGUCUUAGCCCCGCUGAGGAGAGAGAACCAACAAGCCUCUUCCUUCCUUGAAGGACAUGCAGAACCUCUAUCCUGGACAGAACCAUUAGGUUGGCAGAUAUAGCACUAACCUUAUUCCUGGCCAUGAACUGACUGAUCUAAUUGACUUAACAAGGCUGUGGAUUAAGUUUAAUCACAAGAUAAUAUCAUGCAGGGAUUUAAGAAGAGCCCUUUGUAUCUCUGGUUGGAACACUAUGGAUAUAACAGAACUGCAGAUGCUUUCACCAUGUAUUCUAUGUCCUCAGAAAGCAGUCCCAGUGGAAAUAUAAAGGAGUUGCCAAGUGCUUCCCAGUCCCUUAAAUUAGAUGGCAACAUGUGCUGUGACACAAAUGAAGAGUCAAUACUAACCCAUAAUGGAAGCAGCGGUGGAAGUUCAUAUCCAGAUGAAGUAACAUCAGUGAAUUAUCUGGAGCCUAUUAGUGACAUAACAUGUACAGAUGAUUCAGCAUCAGCACAAAUCCUUGGUGGAGCUGUGAGUGAUAGCACAUCCCUGUAUGAAGUGAAUUCCUCGAGUGAACUAAUGAAAGAAAUCCUUUCCCAGAAUGAGUCUCUGACACCACAUGGAGAUGGAACUGCCAGUGAACUCACAGUUUCAAGUGGAUUGAAAUCAUUAUACUCAACGGUGUCCACCAGUAUACUCAUUGCCUCAUCUGAUUUAACAGCAGAAAUCCAGGAAGAAAACAUCAACAAAUGCAAGUUAAAACAGGUCUCCAAGUUAUAUGAUGGUGAUGAAUGUAUUGAUAUUCGCAAGACAUAUUGGAACUCGAUUAAGGAAAUAGUCUAUUUCCUUGUAUCAUCAGUUGCCUUCAGAAUAUUUGAAAUUAUGCUGAUAUUUCUGGACAUAUUUCUUGUGGCUAUAGAUCUACAUCUUAAUAAAAACAGAUUUUAUAUUCCUUUGGAAUACAGUUCAGUUUCUUUUGCUAUUGCUUUGUUUUUCCUUGUGGAUGUUCUUCUUCGAGUAUAUAUAGAAGGGAGACAACACUAUUUUUCUGAUUUACUGAACACCCUAGAUGCCGUCGUUAUUGGUGUGACUCUGUUCAUCGCCAUCACGGUCAUGUUUUAUGAGAAGAAGUUUCUUAGAGAUGUCCCAAUAUUGGGAAUUGUAUUUCGACCUCUGCGGCUUUUUAUUCUGAUAAGAAUUUUGCAACUGGCUCAUCAAAAAAGAGAUCUGGAAAAGUUGAUCAGGCGACGGGUUUCAGGAAACAAAAGACGAUACAUGAAGGAUGGGUUUGACCUGGACCUCACUUAUGUAACUGAGCGUAUUAUUGCUAUGUCAUUUCCGUCAUCUGGAUGGCAGUCUUUCUAUAGAAAUCCAAUUAAGGAGGUUGUGCGGUUCCUUGACACCAAGCAUCCAGACCACUAUCAAGUCUACAAUCUCUGCAGUGAGAGAGCUUAUGACCCUAAGCACUUCCACUACAGGGUCCGCAGAAUCAUGAUUGAUGAUCACAAUGUCCCCAUGCUUGAGGAAAUGCUGUUAUUCUCCAAGGAAGUAAAUGAUUGGCUGGCUCAACAUCCUGAAAAUGUUGUGGCAAUUCACUGUAAGGGAGGAAAAGGAAGAACAGGAACCAUGGUUUGUGCCUGUCUCAUUGCCAGUGAAGUAGUUUUAAAGGCAAAGGAAAGUCUUUACUUUUUCGGGGAGCGGCGAACAGAUAAAACCACCAGCUCUAAGUUUCAAGGAAUAGAGACCCCUUCUCAGAAUAGAUAUGUUGACUAUUUUGAAAAACUGAAAAUUAGCUACCAAUGGACUCUCCCUCCAAGAAAAAUACUUGUGAUAAAAAGAUUUAUUAUUUAUUCUAUUCAUGGUAUUGGAAAAGGUGACGGAAGUGAUCUAGAAGUACAAAUAGUAAUGUGUCAGGAGACUAUAUUUUCCUGUUUUUCUUCUAAAAAUUGUAUGAUGUUUCAUGAUGUUGAAACAGACAGAGUAAUAAUUAAUGUAUUCAACUGUCCAGCUCUAUAUGAUGAUGUGAAAGUGAAAUUUCUUUCUCCGAAUCUUCCUAAAUACUAUGAUGACUGCCCUUUUUUCUUUUGGUUUCAUACAUCUUUUAUACGAAAAAACAGGCUGUAUCUACCAAGAAAUGAAUUGGAUAAUACGCAUAAAUCAAAAACAUGGAAAAUUUACAGUCCAAAGUUUGCAGUAGAAGUAUAUUUUGAUGAGAUAUAGCGCAAAGUUGUGUAGUAGCUUCUGACUAAGUGCUGUUCCCCUUCUUGGAGAGAAACAUGCUCUUUCCACUUCAUGCUGCAUAUUUAUGUCUUCUAACCUAUGUCACUGAUGGUUUGUCUGUAGUGUAUGUGUGUACAUGUUUCUGGGAAAUAUAUUA